GCCAAGUAUUUACGAUAUUGAGAUUCAAAUAAUCAAAACAAAAAUAAGCCGUAAACUAAAAUACCUUAUAUUUUCCGUAUACUGCUCAAUUGGUUUUGAUAUUUCCAUAGGAGUAAACAAGAAAAUAGUAAAAUAAAUUCCCUUCGUUUUUAUUUUCCAGCAUUGCAGCAAAUUCGUGAAGGACAGAGCUACAGCUCAUAUUCAGCAAGAAAAGAAUCAAUAAACGGCCAGUUCAUUGUUCCAGUUGAGUUUUAGUACGCCAUUGCGAUGCCACAGGAUAUCAAACGUGAGCGGAAAAGCACCCAGUCAAUGAUGCAUUCGAAAAGAAGUCACUGGAAUGAAGCACCCUUAUCGCCCUGCCCGAUUCCAGAUAUUAGCGACGACGAGCUGGUUAGUAUUUCGGUGCGCGAUCUCAACCGAACGCUAAAACUGCGCGGACUAACCCGGGAUGAAAUUGUGCGGAUGAAGCAACGAAGAAGGACACUCAAAAAUCGUGGAUACGCCGCCAGUUGUCGCAUUAAACGAAUCGAGCAGAAGGACGAGCUUGAAACUGAGAAAUCACAGGAAUGGCGCGAUAUGGAAGCGAUGCACGAUGAAACCACUCGUCUGCAGGAAGAAGUGGACACCAUGCGCAAUAAGUAUGAAGCGCUGAGGAAGUUUGCUAUCAGCAAAAAGAUUCCAUUGCCACCGGAGCUCGACCUGCUUUAGAGGAACUAAUAGAACUAGUGGAAUGUAUUUGUCGGUCUAUUGAAGCCUAAUUUUAAUGAUAGUUCAAACUUAAGGGGGAUUGAUCAUUCAUAUGUUGGAAAGUUCUUUAUUUACUUUGUGUUUAAAAAAAAUGUGUUGAAAAUACAUGCAGAUAUUU